GUGGACGGCUUUAUUGCUGAAUAUCGGAGACAUCUCACAUCUUGGAGAAAAUGAACAGCGAAUCGUUGAAACUUCGCGGUACCCUCCGCGGUCACAAUGGCUGGGUCACCCAAAUUGCCACCAACCCGAAAUUCCCCGACAUGAUCUUGUCGGCCUCCCGAGACAAGACUUUGAUUGUCUGGAAGCUCACCCGCGAGGAGAACAACUUCGGUGUUCCCCAGAAACGUCUGUACGGCCACUCUCACUUCGUCUCUGACGUUGUUCUUUCUUCCGAUGGACACUUUGCCCUCUCUGGAUCCUGGGACAAGACCCUUCGUCUGUGGGAUCUCUCCGCUGGAAAGUCUACCCGACGAUUCGAAGAUCACACCAAGGUGCAAUUGCAAGCUUUUUUUUUUGAAAAUUUUUUUUAUUUUGAAUGAAGAGGAAUUUAGUCACAACUGGGAUGUCCUCAGUGUUGCCUUCUCGGCCGACAACCGUCAGAUUGUUUCUGGUAGCCGAGACAAGACCAUCAAGCUGUGGAACACUCUUGCCCAGUGCAAGUACACCAUUCAGGAGGAGGGACACACUGACUGGGUUUCCUGCGUCAGAUUCUCCCCCAACAACAACAACCCAGUCAUCGUCUCCUGCGGCUGGGACCGCAUGGUUAAGGUCUGGAAUUUGGCCAAUUGCCGUCUGAAGAAGAACCACGAUGACCAUACCGGCUACCUGAACACCGUUACCGUUUCUCCCGACGGUUCCCUCUGCGCCUCUGGUGGCAAGGACUGCAAAGCAAUGCUAUGGGACUUAAAUGACGACAAGAGGUUGUACACACUCGACCACACUGACAUUGUCAACGCUCUGUGCUUCUCCCCGAACCGUUACUGGCUAUGCGCCGCCACUGGUCCUUCAAUCAAGAUCUGGGAUCUUGAGGGCAAAACCAUGGUCGAUGAGCUCAAGAAUGAAGUCAUUUCGCAGAAUACACAGAACAGCAAGGCUGAUCCCCCUCAGUGCUUGUCGAUGGCUUGGUCCGCUGACGGCCAGACCCUCUUCGCUGGAUAUUCCGACAAUGUUAUCCGGGUCUGGCAAGUGACUGUCCGUUAAGAUGGCCAUUCUCCAAAUGCUUAUCUGUUGAGUGACGUUGAAAAUAUACGAUACUCGACACCUCAA